UCUAUAUAUAGAUGGACUAGAUAGAUGGAUCUAACAACAAAACCCAGCAAUCAAGAUCACAUUGAGUAUCAAUCAAAUUAACUAGUUUCAUCAUCGUCAAAACCAACAAUCUUUCUAGCUAUCUACCAAAUCAUUCUCCGAUUCAUUUUGUUUUGCGUUUGGAAUGAAUCAGCAUCAACGAAACAACUCAGUCACUGUAAUCUCCCCUCAUUUCUGCAAAUCACAUCAAGUAAAUCUCUAUACUGCAAGGGGAGUUAAAAAUGUAACAGAAGGUAGUAGGUUAGGUGUUUUUGAUACAAAUGGCGAUAAUAUCUUCAAUGUUAAAGGUAGCUUUUUCAGUCAUCGCCGUAUCCUUGUCGAUGCUGCCGGAAAUACGAUCGUGACUUUACAAGAAAAGAAAUUUACUUUACACAAUAGAUGGAAAGUAUAUAGAGGAGAUAGCACAAGAUCAAAAAAAUUGUUAUUUACUGUCAAGAAAUCUAGUGUUCUCCAACUCAAGACUAAGUUGAAUGUGUUCUUAGCAUCUAACAAAGCUGAAGAUGUCUGCGAUUUUAUGGUUAAACAAAAUUACAGCGAGAAAUCUUGUGUCAUCUAUAGACGGGGAUCCAAAAAUAUCAUCGCUGAGAUGGACAAGAAAAAGACUGGUAAGGUCUCGGGUAAGGACACAUUCUCGGUCACUAUCCAACCAAACGUUGAUUAUGCGUUUAUUAUCUCAUUGCGUGUGAUUGUGGAUGAGAUGAAUAAGGCUAGCGAGAGAGGCGAUAUGGGAGUCGGGGCGGUAUCUGGGGCAGUGGUGUCAGUGAUUACUGUGUGAUACUAUAAAGUAUAGCAGAUACCUGUAAGAUUAAUAAAUGCGUACUACUACUGUGUACUGUGUACAUGGAUGAAUAAAUUCAGUAAAGUUGUGUAAAAUUGUGGAAUUUUAAAUGGGCUUUAAGCCCUAACAUGAAAAUAGACUUCAUUUACCAAGUC